ACUUUCAGAAAUGUAUGCACAUUAAUGGAAAUGUGAAAGUGCUAUCACUUAAUGCAUUUAAAUAAUGUUUGUGUUUAAGUACCCUUAGAAUUGUUAUUGUUAACAUACAAUCCUUCUCCCCACCAAAUGGGAACGAUAAAAUGGGCAACACGUUCCUUUCUUUCUCACAGUCCCUCUCUUUCUGUCUCUGUGCAAUAGCAGCACCUCUUGACCCUUUCCAUUUUUUGCGAAAAGAAAAAAUGGUGCCUUCAACGCUUGUUGCUCCUUCAAUUUCACCUAAAAUUUCAGAUUUUGAAGACUCAACAACCAUUUAUGAGAAGAAAAACAUGACUGGUUCAGGCAUGGAAGGGAGAGAGGAGACUCAAACAGAAGAUGAGAGUUGCCCUGUUGACAAGAACUCUGAGGAUGACCUCUUUGAUCCAUCAUCUCCUCCUCCAUUCACUAUAGGCGAUAUAAGAGCAGCCAUUCCAACGCACUGUUGGGUCAAGAACCCAUGGAGGUCCUUGAGCUAUGUCCUCAGAGAUUUGAUUGCUAUAUUUUGUUUAUUUGCCUUUGCUGUGAAAAUAGAGAGUUGGGUUCUUUGGCCUAUUUACUGGAUGGUUCAGGGAACCAUGUUUUGGGCCAUCUUUGUGCUGGGCCAUGACUGUGGACAUGGAAGCUUCUCAGAGAACCCAAAGCUCAACAGCAUUGUUGGCCAUUUGGUCCAUUCAUUCAUUCUUGUACCUUACCACGGCUGGAGGAUUAGUCACAGGACCCAUCACCAAAACCAUGGGAAUGUAGAUCAUGACGAGUCAUGGCAUCCGCUAACUGAGCAAACUUACAGGAGCAUUGAUCCCAACACCCGAAAGCUGAGGUUUACAUUGCCAUUCCCAAUGAUGGCUUACCCUGUUUACCUUCUAUGCAGGAGUCCAGGAAGGAGUGGAUCUCAUUUCCAUCCAGGAAGUGAUCUCUUUGCUCCAAAAGAGAGGAAAGCUGUCAUAACUUCAACGCUAUGUUGCUCUGCUAUGGCUGCUCUGUUGGCAAAGCUGGCAUGGAUUAUGGGUCCAACCCAGAUUCUUAAGCUUUACUUUGUUCCUUACUUGAUAUUUGUGAUGUGGUUGGACUUUGUGACAUACUUGCAUCACCAUGGUUAUGAAAAGAAGCUCCCUUGGUAUAGAGGCAAGGAAUGGAGCUAUCUGAGAGGUGGUCUCACAACGAUAGAUCGCGAUUAUGGAAUGAUUAACAACAUACAUCACGAUAUCGGGACCCAUGUCAUACAUCACAUGUUUCCACAAAUACCCCAUUACAAUUUGGUCGAAGCGACCAAAGCAGCAAAGCCAGUGCUAGGUAAAUAUUACAGAGAACCAGAAAAAUGCAAGAUGAUGUUGCCUCUUCACUUGUUGAAAGUUUUAGAGAGAAGUAUGAAUGAAGAUCACUAUGUCAGUGACCAUGGUGACAUUGUCUACUAUCGCACUGACCCUGCUCUGUUCAGCUCAAACUCUAAAAUGAGUUCUUAAGUUUGAGGGCUUUUAACCCCUCGAUUACAUAUUUAUUACUUUUUUUAUAUGUAAUAAAGCUUUAGGGUAUCUGAUCCACUCAAAAGUAGAAUAUAUUCAAGUUUCAGAAGUUCCCCCAGGUAAUAGGGAAUCAAAAUUCUGUAAACAUAACAUUUGAUUGAAGAAGAUCAUGAAGUUCAUGAUGCACUCGAUAUUAAUCCCUUGCAAUAGUAUGUAGUUGAAUGAAAGUGCGCCCAUAUUGUUUA